GUUUUGUAGUGUAGGCUCUGGCUCAAGUGAAUUUAGUUUGUGUUUAGCAACAAUUGAUACAAGUAUCAACCGUUUUUCUACUCUCUCUCAGUGUAGUUUGUGUAUAUGUUUGAGGUGAAAUAAAUCUGAAAGUAUCCAAUAAUUUAACAAAAUAAAAUAAUCAAACACAUAAAUGUACUAAGUCGUGUUUUUCGUUUUAUAACAAAUAUGAAGAUUUUAAACAUUAAAAUGUUUUAAACACUUGAUAACAAUCAAACCAGAAACAUUUUGAGCUCAAUGAAAACAGCUUAACUUGGAUAUAAUCACUUGCGAAACGAGUGAGCUUUGAUGGAAAAUCGAUAACUUCGGAAAAUAAGUUUAUUUUCAAGCGACAGGAAAAAAAACACUAGCAAAAUGUCUUCGUGAAGCAAGAAAUUAAAAAUUCUUUGUUUCACCAACCAUAUUGAAGAACUGAAAGGUGAAGGAAAAUAAAAAACACCAAAAUAUAAAAAAAAAAAACAAUUGCAUUUCGUCACUCGUAUUUUUUGCGAAAGUUGAAAUUUUUGUGAUAACUUUGUAAAAGUACAAAUUAGUGGUAGAAAAAACAGAGAGCUCUUAGACUUAUGACAAACGUAAAUUAAAUUUUAAGUAACACAAACAACGUUACAUUAAGUACCAACAUUUUUUAGUGCAAUAGCGAAAUUUUUCUACACAAUUAAAUAAAAAGUAUAACUGAAAUAAAAUUCCUGCGCAACAUAAACCAAAAUGGCUGUCAAAAUGUACUAGGCCAGCCCUCACAAUGUCUGUCCCUGUAUGCUACUCUGCUGCCGCCAAUUUCGCCGUCGUUGAUAGUGGUUUGUCAAAUACUCUACAACAAGAAGAGCAAUACCACCAAUUCCAACAACAGCAACAGCAACAACAACAACAACAACAGCAGUUGUACAAUCAGUUUGCCGUAAACGUUAACGCCAACGCCAACGCGAACGCCAACGCCAAUCUCAACGCCACCAACGUCAACAAUUACAAUAGCAAUUUGAGUUUGGGCGAGUGCAAUAACUACGUGAACGGCAACUGUUACGGCUUUGACGUCCAGCAGGAGUUGAUGCAGCAGCGGUCAUCGAUGUCGUCGUCGGUUUCGCCACUGACUGGAUUACCCGCCAACAACAACAUCGCACUCAUCAACAAUCAUCACUACCAAUCAGAUUUAUCAUCCUCCUCGAACAUGGACAACAUGAACAUCAACAAUAUCAAUGUCCUGCAAGAGGACGAUGAGGAUCAUCAAUUGCAUUAUCAUCAUAAUCAACAUUUAUCGUCGAAUGGUGGUGCGAUGGGCGGCGGGGAAUCGGUGGCGGGAGCUAUGAAUUCAACGAUGUUGGCGGCAGCGGUGGCGAAUGGAAGCGGUGGUGCAGCAAUGCAUGCCGUGGAUGUAGAUGUGGAUGAGUGGAGGAUGUCUGACGAGGGCCGGUAUGGAACACCGGGUGCUGCUGGCUUGGAAUAUCAAAAAUAUGAGCUAGAACAACAACAACAAACACCUGCUAACAUGAUGAACCAACCAUUGAAGUCUUCGUUAAUGGACAAUGAGAAUAGGAAUAUGAAGAAAAACAACAACUCUAAUAUGAGUAGCAACAACAAUGGCGCUACCAAUAGUGAUGCCAACAGCGCCAACGAUGCCCCAGCUAAGAAGGAGAACGAGUUGAUCGGUGUACCGUCUGAAGAUUUGUACCGCAUGCUGAACGAGUACAAUGUACUGCAGGAUAAAUACCACACUGUGUUGCUGAUGCCGAGAGAAUCCAAGCGUGAAGUGACUGCCGGUGGACGUGAUGGCUCCGCGUAUGUUUUACGUUGCCUUAAAAUGUGGUAUGAGCUGCCCUCCGAUGUGCUAUUCUCAGCAAUGAGCCUUGUGGAUCGCUUCCUAGACCGCAUGGCCGUGAAGCCGAAGCAUAUGGCCUGCAUGAGUGUUGCCUCAUUUCACUUGGCUAUCAAGCAGCUAGGAUUAAAACCAAUACCCGCGGAAGAAUUAGUAACUAUCUCUCAGUGUGGUUGCACUGCCGGUGAUUUGGAGCGUAUGGCCGGUGUUAUAGCGAACAAAUUGGGUGUUCAAAUGGGCACCACACCGGUCACGGCCGUCACUAUCCUGCGUGUUUUCUACGCUCUUUUCCGUAACUUGGCAAAAGAGGUAUGUGACGAAUUCUAUGAAUUCUAUCAACGUAUGAUCAAAUUGGAGGACUUGGAAAAUCGUUUGGAGAAUUUAUUGUGCGAUGUUAAGACCACUGUUAUAGCACCUUCAACCUUGGCCUUGGUCUUGAUGUGUCUGCAUUUAGAUUUCCAUAUUAAGGCGUCUUACAAACGCGAGCGGCCCGAACUGAAGCCCGUAUUCGAUUAUAUACUCUUCCUACAGAAAUAUUUGCGGAUUCCCGAUCGUGUAUUCAGCGGUGGCUUCUCCAUUGUGGCUGAAAUAUUAUCUCACUACAACGGACAAAAUAAGCAGCCGUACAAGCAACGCUUAGUUUGGAAAUUGUCUAGCCGUACGCUGAAAGUAUUGCGCCCAACCAAUCGUUUUUCAACCGACCUGCCCACAAUCGAUGAGGGCCAUGCGAACGCCAUGGAUGAUGGCUGCCGUUCAAGAACCGAGAGCGUUAGUUCCGAAGAGGAGGAGGACUGGCCAACAUCACCCAUAAUUCCAAUCUUUGAACAGUGUUAGUACUUUGCACACGCAUAGCAGGAUGCGGAGAAAACGACAGAUUUUUGCUUAGAAAUCCGACAAAUAACUGCAGGAUAUUGUUUUCGGUUAGACGGUUUGAUAAGAGGAGUCGCAAAAAAAAAAAGAUAAACAAAAUAUUUUGUUUCGCAUGGCUAGAAAAGUUGUGGACUAAAUUUCAAUCAAAGGAAUACAAAGGAAAUGUUUGAAAGUAGGAACACAAUAAAGUAACUACAACAACAAGUGCUGCAAAACCACUAACAAGCGACACCAACGACAUAUCCUGCAUGAAAGCAAAAACAGCUAAACAGCCAUUUUGAUUUUUUUUUUAAAUAAUAAAUUUAAAGUAAAGAAGAAGAAAUUAAAUCCAUCAACGUAAGCGAGGAGUCAGCAGUUAUCAAAAUAAUAUAUUUUCAACAAUAUUCAACUCCAGCCACUGUGUAAUGUGUGUAUAUAUGCUAUGCAUCAUAAUUAUGGAAGAUUUUUAAUUUGACUUUUUAUAUAUGUAUGUAUGUACGUACGUAAGGUAAGAAAACUAUCAGGAGAUAAAUAAAAACAAUAUGGGCUAGGUUGCGGUAGCUAGGCGUAUUAGCCGAGCCAAGAUAGACAUAUAAAGACCGGCGCGCAUAUAUAGGGAAAAUGUUUAAUUCUAUUUCAAAAUUAAGAAAAAAUAGAAAAAAAAAUAAAAAAAAAAAAUAAAAAUAAAAAAGAAAACAAAUGUUGCGGACCAUCAUACCAAGGAUUGAUGCCGUUCUGGCGCAUUUAUUCAAAGAACUAUAGAAGUGGAUCGAAAAAAUUCUUGGCGGAAUUCAUCAAAAUUCAUAAUAAUCACUUCGAUAACACCUAGCACAGCUAAUCUAAGCAUGCGAGUUUGACGGGCUAGACGAGGCGAGAAAUCCCUUUGCUCCGCCGCCGUUUACGAAUUGCUGUUGAUGAGAUGAGCAAGUGUCCACAUAGACUGUGACACAGAAUUUGGGUUCGCUCACGAAAAAAAAAAUCCAAAACAUUAAAAGUUUAUAAAAAAAAUCCCAAAACAAAAAUUUAAGUUAAUUUUAAUAAAUAUUGAUUACGGAACACUCACAAUAUACGAUCAAUAGGAGCUUUGUUAUGUUCACCCAAUGUUUGUAUUAUUCUUUAAUCAUUAGUACUCUGUUCAAUUAUUUCUGGUAAAAAAAAAAAACAAAAACAAAAUAUAUACAAAAGUUUAAAAUCAAAAAUAAAAAAAAAAACAAUAAAAGAGAAAAAAAACGUAUUCAAUUAGAUUAUAAAUAUCAAAGCAAAUUAAAAAUAUCAUCACUACAAUAAUCAGCCAAUACUUUAACGUUAUCUUUGUAAAAUAUUACUACAUAUUCAUUAAAAAUGCAGAAGAUAUGAUAAAAU